UAGCCGCUGCUACUACUGAUAAUAAUGAUGAUAACCCUCUCGCUGAUAAUCCUCUACCUCUUGCUUUUUCAGUAGCUGCCGCUACUACUGAUAAUAACGAUGAUAACUCUCUCGCUGAUAAUCCUCUAUCUCUUGCUUCUUUACCUCUUGCAGAUAAUUCUUCACUUCUUGUUUCUCCAGUAGCCGCCGCUACUACUGAUCAAACCGAUGAUAAUAACGAGUCUAAUAACAACCAUAACAAUCUUCUUAUUAAGAUAAAGUCUAUCAUAUAUUAG